AGAUAGAGAAGAACAUCCCAAAUCCUAAAGCCCUAGAUUUGCAAGGAAACCCAUAAGAUUUAUCGACACUUCCCUUUUUCAAGUGAAGGGUAGCUCUUGCAGACGACCAAAAACACAUCAGCUCAUCGUUGAAUGGAGGGGGAAUUGGAUUGAUUGAGGAAGGAAAUAUAAUGAUUCUGGAGAUAUAAUGAUUGGGAUGUCAUUGAAUGGUCUACGUACAGGCCUAAGUACUUUUGGAUCGUUACAACCUGCAGCAGCUGGUAAUGGCGGGCUGCAGGCUAACAAUGGUUACAUGAUCAAAAGGGUAUCAUCAAAAGAGAAGGAAAAGCGGCUUACCCAUAUUCUCCGUUUCAGAGGACGAAAGGAAAGUGGAAUGUUAAUAUUAUUUCUAAUUGCUACUUAUGCUUCGUUGACAGGUUUCUUUACUGUUUUCUAUAGAGGUGCAUCAGAAAGUGGUGGUUCCUACUUUGACCUGUCAAUUCACAAUUUUGAUUCUUCAAAGAUAACAACUUCUGUUAUCAUGUGUGAAGAAGAAAACAUUCAGUCUUCUGCCCUUGUAGUAAAGGCUGCUGAUUCGCUUCCUAAUCUGGAAAAUCCAUGUCAACAUUUCGUCUUUCCUCCUCCCCCUCCUCCCGGUGAUAGAAGAAGGCGAAUUGGACCACGACCAUGUCCGGUAUGUUAUGUACCUGUGGAGCAGGCUAUGGCCAUAAUGCCUAGGUCUCCAUCAGUAUCACCUGUGCUAAAACACUUAACUUACUUUCACCAAGACCAUUCAAUUAAUGAAGCACUGCAUGGAAGAUUGAACUUUGGUGGAUAUCCUUCUUUAAAGCAGAGGAAUGAUUCCUUCAACAUAAAGGAGUCCAUGACUGUGCAUUGUGGAUUUAUGAAAGGAUGUAGACCUGGUUCACAUACUGGUUUUGAUAUCAAUGAAAAUGAUAUUAGAGAGUUACAGAAGUUUCAUGAGGUUAUUGUUGCUUCGGCCAUUUUUGGAAACUAUGAUAUAAUCCAGCAACCUAAGAACAUUGGUGAAUAUUCAAGGAAAAAUACACCCUUUUACAUGUUUAUAGAUGAGACAACAGAAGAAUAUAUGAAAAACUCUAGUAUUUUGGACAGUAAAAUGAGAGUUGGUUUAUGGAGAAUUAUAGUUGUUCAUAACAUUCCCUAUGCCGAUGCAAGGCGAAAUGGAAAGGUCCCGAAAUUGCUGCUACAUAGACUUUUUCCUAAUAUAAGAUAUUCUGUAUGGAUAGAUGCAAAGCUUCGGCUUAUUGUGGACCCAUAUCAACUUUUGGAAAGGUUCUUGUGGCGUCAAAAUGCUACAUUUGCUAUUUCAAAGCAUUAUAAACGAUUUGAUGUGUUCCAAGAAGCUGAAGCUAAUAAAGCUGCAAGAAAGUAUGAUAAUUUCUCCAUAGAUUACCAGGUUGAGUUUUAUAAGAAGGAAGGUUUGACACCUUAUUCGGAGGCUAAGCUUCCUAUAAUUAGUGAUGUUCCAGAAGGCUGCGUGAUUAUAAGGGAACACAUUCCCAUAACAAAUCUGUUCACAUGUCUCUGGUUCAAUGAAGUAGAUCGUUUUACGUCAAGGGAUCAGUUGAGCUUCUCCAUAGUGCGCGACAAAAUGAUGGCACAAGUUAAUUGGAACAUCAAUAUGUUUAUGGAUUGUGAAAGAAGGAAUUUUGUUAUACAGGGUUACCAUAGGGAUCUUUUGGAGCAACUGUCUCCUCCAUCACCGCCGCCUGCCACUUUUAGAAUGCAUCCACCACCAGCUUCAAACCGAAAGACCACAAAGAAUCCUGUGAAGACGACUCCAGUUAGACGAGGAAGGGGCAAAAGGUCAGGUUCAAAGCAUCGUAGGAAAGUUGUCACUGGAAAUAGGGACUCAAUUUAAUGCAAUGCCAAUGUUUUUUUUUUCUAUUUUAUUGCGGAUAGGAAAGAUUUUUUUAAUUUUUUAUUUUUACAGUUAGUUAGUAGGUAGGAUCAUUUUUUGAGAUAAGUAACACACCAUGGUUAGAAAAAGACUAUAGUGUUCCAAUUUUAGCCAGGAAUUUAUAUGA